UCUCUCUGAGCCCUCUUCUCUUCUCUUUUUUAUUUUUUUUUUCUAAAAGUUUUUCGGGGCCAGAUACUUCGAGCCCUAGCACACAGAGGACAUUUUCUCGGGAAACAAACGCCAGGAUUUCCCCACAAUAUGCAGCACCAGAGGCUGAAGCAGCAGCAACAAGCCUUGAUGCAGCAAGCUCUCCUCCAGCAGCAGUCUCUCUAUCACCCUGGCCUCUUAGCUCCUCCUCAGAUAGAGCCUAUCCCAAGUGGAAAUCUUCCUCCUGGUUUUGACCCAAGUACUUGCCGCAGUGUGUAUGUCGGAAAUAUUCACAUACAGGUGACAGAGCCACUUCUCCAAGAAGUUUUUGCAAGUACAGGUCCUGUAGAAGGCUGCAAACUUAUCCGAAAGGAAAAGGUAAAGUCAUCCUAUGGAUUUAUUCACUACUUCGAUCGUAGAUCAGCUGCACUGGCUAUUCUUUCACUUAAUGGAAGGCAUUUGUUUGGGCAGCCUAUAAAAGUUAAUUGGGCAUAUGCUAGUGGUCAGAGGGAGGAUACAUCAGGUCACUUCAACAUUUUUGUUGGAGACCUCAGUCCUGAGGUUACUGAUGCAACAUUGUUUGCGUGCUUUUCUGUUUAUCCGAGUUGUUCGGAUGCAAGAGUUAUGUGGGAUCAAAAAACAGGGCGUUCAAGGGGAUUUGGGUUUGUUUCUUUCCGGAAUCAACAGGAUGCCCAGAGUGCAAUAAAUGAUUUGACUGGAAAGUGGCUUGGUAGUAGACAGAUCCGAUGUAACUGGGCAACAAAAGGUGCUGGUGCCAAUGAGGACAAGCAGAGCUCUGAUGCCAAAAGUGUGGUGGAAUUGACAAAUGGUUCAGAAGAUGGUAAAGAAACUACAAACAAUGAAGCUCCUGAGAACAAUCCCCAGUACACCACUGUAUAUGUGGGCAAUCUUGGUCCAGAGGUAACACAGCUUGAUCUUCAUCGCCAUUUCCAUGCUCUUGCAGCUGGAGUUAUUGAGGAGGUCCGUGUCCAGAGAGAUAAAGGCUUUGGUUUUGUGAGGUACAGCACUCAUGCUGAGGCAGCUCUAGCAAUUCAAAUGGGGAAUUCUCAGUCAUUUCUCUGUGGCAAGCAAAUUAAGUGCUCUUGGGGCAGCAAGCCGACGCCACCAGGAACAAGUUCUAACCCACUUCCCCCACCUGCGGCUGCACCUUUACCUGGACUCUCGGCCACUGAUCUCUUAGCGUAUGAGCGUCAAAUAGCCAUGAGUAAGAUGGGUGGUGUCCAUGCCCUGAUGCAGGGACAACAUCCUCUUAAGCAGGCUGCAAUGGGAGUGGGUGCUGCUGGAGCAAGCCAAGCUAUUUAUGAUGGUGGAUUCCAGAAUGUUGCAGCUGCCCAGCAACUCAUGUACUAUCAGUAAUUGUAAGAGUUUCAUGCAGAAUGCCCCUUUUAUUUCCUGCUUUUGCAGGUUUUAUUUGAGUGAGUUCUAAACAUCUAGGAAGCUUUUAAAUGUAUUUUUCUCUAUCUAGCAGUGAGGUUGUUACUAUCUUUUUUCAGUUACAAAAUGUUUGCCAUAUGUAUGCACACAAUACUUAUUUGCAGCUUUUGUUUGAGCUGUAAACGGCUAUGAAACUUAACUUACUAUUGGUUCAAA